ACUUACACAAGAUGGCAGCCACCAUGGCAAGUGCAACGAGAUCCACAGUUCUUACUCUUUAUCGACAAAUGCUGAAAGAAUCUCACAAAUUUACUGGAUACAACUAUAGGGAGUAUGCUUUACGGAGAACAAAGGAUGCCUUCAGAGAGAACAAGACGCUAACGGAUGAAGUAGAAAUCAAAGCAUUCAUCCAAAAGGCAGAAAAGAAUCUAGAAAUUAUGAAAAGACAGGUUGUUCUCAGUCAACUUUACACAGACCCAAGAUUGGUGAUUGAAGAGCAGAAAAGAUAGCAAGAUUCAUAAGAUUAACAGACGGUACAAACAACAUGGGUUAUUAUGUUCACUGUCAGCUGCCUAAGACUUGUCCUCAGAAGAUUUAGCUUUAUGAUGUUUCUUCAGUAACUGAAGUACUCUGUUUCCCCUCAAAAAUGUAUUUUCAUUUGCUUGACCAGUCUGUCUUAAGGCCAAACCCAAGAUGGCUCAUCACAUGACAAUCACAUGACAUUGUGUUAUGUCAGGGAAGAAGUUAACUGUCACGAUUGAGAACUACACAAAACAGGGAAUACAAGAUGAAGAUAGUUUUUCAUUCGUUGUCACUCAAGCCUCAGUGCGGUUACAUUGGUUUGAAUGGGGGUAAAAACAAAAUGGCUGACCAUGACAAAAGUCUUAAAGAGGCUUGUGGAAUAAAGUUUCCCCUCAAACUACCAAUAAUUAUUUCAUGUUGGUACAAAUAUUUGUCAACUUUGAGGUGCUUUUAUUUACAGGUUUAGGCAUCCCAAUGUCUUUUUUUGUUCUUAACUUUCACUGCCAAUGUCGUACAUUUUAUGAAUUCCACAAGUGUCAUAAGUAGAACAUGCAGAACCCAUAUCAACAUGUUAUCAUGAGAGAGCAUUAUCACUCAAGAAAUACUUAUGACUUUUGGAUGACCAAGGCAACACAAAUCAGCAAGAUACAUGUUGUUUGGUGAGAAAGACUUAAUACUUUUUGUUUUAUACGGAAUUUCAAAAAAAGCUCAAAAAGCUGGGCAUUUUAGGGUCAAAUGUUUUUAAAAGGGGGACUGAAAAAGAUGACUGUAUGGUGUCGGGACAAUGUAUUUUAAACCUAUUAAAAGCACUGGACACUAUCGGUAAUUACUCAAAAUAGUUGUAAGCAUAAAACCUUCUUUGGUGACAUGCAGUG